AGUGACAGACUCACGGGGAGCAGAUAAAGAGAGAGAGAGAGAGAGGAGAGAGGGGGAGAGUCUUCUCAGCUGGUCUGAAUCUCUCUCAGCCUACACACACAUUCUGGGCUCAGUAAUGUUGAACACGCUGCAAGAGUGAGCUCUACCUUCCUCACACACUCUGCCAUCACCUGCCCGAGGACACAGCACCACACACACACCCGGCCAUCAUGGAGGAGGCUGGCCUGCUGAAGGAGAGGCUCCAGGCCAUCACGGACAAAAGGAGAAUCCAGGAGAACAUCGCCAAGAAAAGGAGAGAGAUUGAAGAGGAGAAAUUGAAACUCCAGUACAUAAAGAAGAAGGCCCUGAGGGAGCAGUGGCUGAUGGACGGCCUGAGUCAGCAGCAGGAGGAGCAGGAGGCCAUGAGGCUGCAGGCUGAGGACGAGCAGCAGCAGAGCGACCAGCUGCAGAGCAACAUCCUCAGAAUAGAGAAGGAGAUCGAGGCGUUGGAAACACAGGAGCUCGACAUCUCGGCCAAUGAGGAAGCAGUUCUGAAACGGUUAAAAGAAGUGGAGAGGACGGCUGAGGAUAUAAUAAAGAGAGCUACCUCGAUGGAUUUCGAGGCAAAUGGAAAAGAACUGAACGAAGGUUGCAGCACAGCCGUCACCAUGGAAACCACUGAACAAUCGGAGCCGGCGAUGGACUGUGAGGUGGAGGUCGCAGUGGCUGAUUCACCUGAGCACAGGGAAGAUUGCACUGCAGAUGAUGAGCCUGUUUGCUUAGAGACAGACACAUCAGAUUUCCCAGGGGAAACGGCGAUGCUUGACAAAUUAUUAACUGACCUGCCAACUGGCACAAUUGAGAUUGACAACACUGACUGCCCUGAAACGCCUUGUGAGGCUCCAAAUGAAGCUUUGAUACUGGAAUCAGGGCAUGAAGAGCUCAACAGGAAUGAGUCAAUCAACUCCUCUGUGUCUGACACACUCUCCAGUGCUGACAGUGUUUAUGAGAACGAGGUACAUUGUAAGAAGCAGGACAUGCCAGAACAAGAUCCUGAGCAAGAACAAGUCCCUGAGCCAGAGCAGUAUCCCGAGCCAGAACAAGACCUUGAACCAGAACAAGUUCAACGUCAAGUUCAAGACGUUGAACCAGAGCUAGAUGUUGAACAAGCGCAAUUCCCCGAGCCAGAGCAAUUCCCUGAGCCAGAACAAUUCCCUGAGCCAGAGCAAUACCCCGAACCAGAAGAAGACACUGUACCGGAUUAUUACCCUGAUGAAGACCUAGACCUGGGGCAGUACCCUGAGCCUGAUCAAGACCCUGAACUAGACGAGUACCCUGAGCCGGAGCCAUAUCCUGACCUAGAGUUAUACCCUGAACCGGAACCUGAGGAUGAGGAUAAUAAGCUUUAUCUCGAAGAUGAUGGUUAUCCAAAUGUGGCAGUCGAUGCAGAGGAAGACCCAGAGGCCUGUGAAAUCCUGUUUGAACCACCCAUUACAGAGGAGUCGAUAUUAGAGCAAUGUAUUAGAGAAGAUGCAAUGUCAGAUGUUUCCAAUGAGUUCUGCCAUGACCAAGACCCUGAUGAUAUGGACGAAUGCCUGGGAGUUGAGAUUGAAGCCGCUUCCUCAGACAGUGACACAGAUGACAAAUGGAGAUCAAUAUUUUCUUCUUCCAUAAAUAAAGAAGAUGAUGACUCAUAUUUGGACAAUCUUGAGCUGAGUGCUCAGGAGCUCUUUGUGCAGAAAGUUGAGGUGACAGACUUUCAGGAGGAAGACACCAACAACAUCGAAGAAGUCCAUAUUGAGGUUCCACAAGUGGAAGAAGUUCUGGAACAACCUGAGGAUACUAUUUCCUUUCCUAUUCCUCCACAAGAGGUUAAGUAUAACCCUUUAGGCCUUCAAGGUUUGUCCAAAAUCUCUGAAGAUGAGGGUGAAAAUGGAAGAGAUGCCAAUCAUAACCACGCCGCCAAUGAAAAGCACAUUGAUGCAGACUCGAACAAGAAGCAACCGAAAGACUUCUGUGUGAUACAGGAGACCAAGAGUAAGAAUGUCAGCACAGAGCAUGUGGACUUCCAGCUGGCUCGAAAACAGUGGCGGGAAAUGGAGGAGCAAACUAAGAACAAGAUCAUCAUCCCUACAACCAAGCCCCCCAGCUUUCACGGCAGCCACAGCUUCAUGUACACACCGGUCCGCAACAUUGAAAGAACUCAGAAGAAAGCUUACGAACUGGAGAACUUGAAUCUGCUUGGCGAUUAUCCUCACACGCAAUUCAGCCCUUGCUCAGAGGAUUCUGGCCUGGAUGAUUCCAGCUACAGGUCACCGUAUGAUGACUUGGAGACAUCUGUCGAAAGGGAGAUUCGCAUAUCAAUGGAGCGGGAGGAAAACUUCAGGAGAGAAAAGGGCCUCUCCAGGAUGGGCAAAUCCACUGAUUGUGCUCCAUCACGAAGUAUGCCGAGAUCUAUAAGCACUCCACUGACGCCGUCAUUCAUCAUUACCACCUCACCCAGUAAGGAACCACAAAGACAUGAAGUAUCGGCAAACAACGUCAUCAUUCUCGACCCAAGAAAUGAUUUCACAUCCAACCUGAGACAUGGCAAAGACAACGGGGCGGCUCAGUCCGGAGAGUGGUGCUCCGAGGACAGCAGCUCCAACGUCAUCAUCCUCGAGACAUCCAACCUGAUUAUCCGAAGUGCCUCCGAUUUCUCACUCAACAAAGCCUGUGAGCAACCCCAGGAGAAGAUGUUCCUUAACAACCCCUUUUUCAAGCUGCGUUCAAGAAGCACAAUGUCGCUGGUGGAUGAAGAGAUUAAGAUGAUGAAGCAGAGGGAGGAAGAGCUCAAGAAAGAGAGGGUGAAUAUGUACGGGAAAGACAGGUUCGAUAACGAAAGGAUAUUGUCAAAUCACAUGGACACGUUGUCGUUUGACAAUCCAGUGAAGUGCAAGUCGUCCCCAUCAUCACCAAUGAAAACGGCCUACAGGAUGGAUCGCUCUGCUUUAUCCUGUGAUCACAGAUUUCCAGACCUCUACGCAGGAGGAAGACGCAAGAGUGCUAUGGCUCUGCGCUGGGAGGCGGGCGAGUUUACAAAAAACGAAUGAAGAGGACCAAGUCAACAGUUUGCCAUAUAUGGCCAUCAAUUGUCAAUGUUUUACUCAUCCAAGUUGAAUGCAGUGUUGCAAUUGUUUGUUUCAUUUUGUGACAAAACCGAAACGCUCUGCUUCUGUGAUGCUUUGGGCAAAAUUGGCAAGACAAUGAGAAUGGUUUUUUUUUGUUGACAAAAUUCAUAUAAAUCUUCUACAGUUUUAUUCUGAUAACACUAACUUCUGGGCAGAGGGUGUGCGUUGUUUUCUGAUGUGUCCUAAUCCCUUUUGAAUCAAAGCUGCUGCAGGAGAUGACAGUUUAUACUACUUGUUUGAUUUAUAAAAUCAUCUUUAUUACAAUUUCGACAGGAACAGUGCCAACACACAGCUUCCAAGGUAUGAGGAUUUGGAACUGUGGAAAAUGGUGAUUAUCAUGCAAUAAUGUUUAAUAUUGGCAUGCCUCCUGGUGAACGAUCACCUGCAUAUUAUACCGUUUAAAAAGAAGCACAUAACCUCAAAAAAAAUACUUUGAAUAUUGACCUUAUUUUUCGGGGAUAGUAGUAAAGAAAUCUUAAUAUAGUACUCACAUGCCAUAUGUACAUAAAACGUUAUUGGUAGCUGUCAGAUACAUUAUAAUUGUAGCUAGGGUACGCUUUGAUAGCACGAAGGUUAGUUGUGAGGGUUAAGGUUGUGUAACUGAACAUUGCCACAUCAUACCUUGUAGUAGUUACCUAUUUCGACGCAGAACAGUGCACCUUUAUCAAUCAUUUGAGUGUUUUAAGCUCAAGUUUGGUCGCUACUAACUCCUCGAAAGAUUUUCUCAUGCUAGCUAGCAUUUCACUUUGUCUGCUGUAAAGUGUUGGACAAGCAGUUUAGACUAGCUUUAAGCUUACGUUAAAACAGAUGCCUACUGCAAAUCAGUUAGAAGAACUCCAUAUUGAAUGAGCAGACUUUACUUAAACAGAGUGCAAUUUCAAUCCCAUACAGUUUGGCGGCGUUAUAAGGAGUUUGACUUAAGGCCAGUAUGGAAAAUGAAAGUAAUCAAUGAGUCUAUCUAUGACAUGUGACUACUGUAUUAAGAUAGAAUUGAAAGAUUGUGAACCUUUCCUUUAUUUAAAGCAACAUUAUGUAGUAAUCGGUGGUUUCAGAGUGCUAGUCAUUAAUAUUGGAAGCUGUUGUGUUAGACAUGCAUUUGUUAUGAUUACCUUACUUAUUAAUAAUCAAAAUCUAGCGAGUCGACAUCUUUGCAUACUCAGCCAAAACAUCACAAGGCAUAAAGCACGUUACUAUUGCAAAGUUAAAAGCUUUCUGUUCAUCAAGAGACUUCAUAUAUAACCCACAGGCUACCACAGCACUAUCAGAGAGAAGAACUCAUAUUUUAUAGUAUUAAAACAGUUAUAUAAUGUUGCUUUAAAAGACGAGUAUUUGCUGAUCUGAGAGUUGUUGUUUUUGCUGAGAUGCCUGAAUGUUAGACAAAUGUAAUGUUGACUCCACUCUUUGCUUAACCUUUCUUGACAUUAUAAAUGUAAAUCAGAUUUAAAAACAUAUUUUGAUGUUAUUGUAUGUCUUGAUACAGCAAACGCUACAUGCUCAGUGUAUAUUAAUUGUAUUUUCGUACAAUGCUUAUUCGCUGCAAAUUAAUAUUUUAAGGUGAGCUAGAUGGGCGUAAAUCAGCACAAUAUAAAGAAUAUAUUAAACCCAUACCUUUAAGUUGAAAAGUAUAAAUCACAUAUUGUUACAUAAAUCAUUUAGCGAGAAUAAAUAUGAAUAUGCAUUUUAGAGUUCAGUUUGUCACACACUACCUGCAGUUAGACAAUCCAAUAAGUACAGGUGUAGUGAGCAUUGCUGUCACAGUGCUUUAAACUAGAGGACCAAUGAUAUACAUGCAAAGUGGACUCAAAUCUCAGAGCUUUGGAAAUACAAAAUAAUUACAUAGGUUUUAAAAGA